GCGCGCGCAAGGGCCGUGGGAGAGGGGCCGGGCGUCGCAGGUCCUGACAGGAAAAAAGUAGGCAGGUCCUGGCAGGGGAGAGCUAUAGCGGCAGCACCUGCGGGUGUAGGAGGCUCCAGGGAGAUGGAGUCGCAAGUCGCGGACGCCGGGGCCAGCGAGACUGCUCGAACCGCAAGCGGGGGCGCGGCAGUUGGCGGGGCCGCUCGGGGGCCAGCAGUCUCGGCGCCCCUGGGAGCCGCCCGGUGGAAGCUCCUGCGGCAGGUUCUGAAGCAAAAACACCUGGAUGAUUGUCUGCGACAUGUAUCUGUAAGAAGAUUUGAAUCAUUUAAUCUGUUUUCAGUAACUGAAGCCAAAAAAAUGGAAACUGAAGAGAUUGGUGCAUGGGUCCAAUAUACAAGUGUCUUCUAUCCUGAAUAUAGUAUCUUCUUAAGGCAAAAGAGUGGAUCCUUCAAUGUUGAAGAUGUUCUUACCAGCUUUGAUAAUACAGGAAAUGUUUGCAUCUGGCCAUCUGAAGAGGUUUUGGCUUACUACUGCCUCAAGCAUAGUGAUAUAUUCAGGGACCUUGCUGUGUGUGAGCUAGGGGGUGGCAUGACAUGCUUGGCUGGGCUCAUGGUUGCUAUUUCUGCAGAUGUCAAAGAAGUUCUGUUAACUGAUGGGAAUGAAAAGGCCAUCAGAAAUGUACAAGAUAUCAUCACAAGGAAUCAGCAGGCUGGUGUGUUGAAGACUCAGAAAAUAUCAAGCUGCGUUUUACGAUGGGAUAAUGAGACAGAUGUCUCUCAACUGGAAGGACAUUUUGACAUUGUUAUGUGUGCUGACUGCCUGUUUCUGGACCAGUACAGAGCCAGCCUUGUUGAUGCAAUAAAGAGAUUACUACAGCCCAGGGGGAAAGCAAUGGUAUUCGCCCCACGCCGAGGGAAUACUUUAAACCAGUUUUGCAAUCUAGCUGAAAAAGCUGGUUUCUCUAUCCAAAGACAUGAAAAUUAUGAUGAACACAUUUCAAACUUCCACUCCAAGUUGAAAAAGGAAAAUCCAGACAUAUAUGAAGAAAACCUUCAUUACCCACUUCUGCUAAUUUUAACCAAAAAUGGAUAGAAGAUUAAGCUUCUCGGAAGAUGAGGAAAACAUCAAGUGCACAGGAAAUAGUUUCACAAAAACAGAAAUCCAUCAUGAGUAUAAUAUGCAGCAAGCCACUGGCUCCCUGAGAUUUCCAGCCCCCAGGACUCACCCCCACCUUGCGACAUUUCACGUGUGGGUCAUGGACUCCACCUGUCCUCACCCACAUUCUUCCCCAGCCAUUCUUGCCCUGUGCCCUCGCCUUCUCUUUUCACCGUUUGCUUGUUGCUCUUCCUGCACCAAACCUUUGUUUAUCUUUAAGUAUGUAUAAGCCUCCUGUCUGAGGUUUGAAUUUGACUGGUGAGCAACCUAAAUAGUUUCCCCUCUAUCCAAGACAAAAUUUCCUUUGGUAAUCCCCACCCCCAUUUUAAAAAAAAUUUUUUUUUUUGUCUUUGUUCUGUUUAGGUGGUGGUCGUUUUUAAUCUGUAAACACAUGAUUCUUUCCUGGUUAAAGAAAUAAAUCACAUCUUUCUGAUCUCCCUCCAAU